UAUUAUUCUAUUUAAACAUCUCUACAAUUCUCUCCAUUUUGUUUGCAAUUGUUCUUACAAUUUUUCUUUUGUAAUUCUAGAAAUGGCUCGGAUAACACAAAUAUGUGGAUCAGUUUCAGUUUUAUUAAUUUUGCUAAGCAUGUCAUUAAGCUGUAUUAAUGCCCAAGAAGUGCCUUGUUAUUUCAUUUUUGGAGAUUCAUUUGCUGCUAAUGGAAAUGAUAAUGGCCUUGAUACUUUUAAAGCUAAUUACACACCUUAUGGAAUUGAUUUCCCCGGCGGUUCAACGGGACGGUUCACCAACGGCAAAACCAUUGUCGAUUUCAUCGGUCAAAAAAUUGGAUUUAAGAAUUAUAUUCCAGCUUUCAAGAAAGUCGGGAAUGGCCCAGAAAUACUCAAAGGUGUAAAUUAUGCAUCUGGUGAAGCAAUCAUACAAUCCGGCAUUGCUGGAAGUGAGGUGACUGCAAUUAGUCUGCAACAUCAAGUACGAAACCAUCAAAAAAUGGUCCGACGCAUUAACAAUAUAUUCCGCAAUGAAAACAAGACCAGAAAUUACCUGACAAAAUGCUUAUAUACCGUUGGAAUUGGCAGUAACGAUUAUCUGUUAGAAUACUACACUCCACAAAUUAACGGAAAGGAGCCGAUCCGAAAAGUACCAUCGGAGACAUAUGCAAAGAACCUCGUCGACGAUCACUUGUCCAAUCGCUUGACUGCAUUGUACAAAGCUGGAGCAAGAAAAGUGGCGUUGUUUGGUCUGGCGCCAUUAGGGUGCAGCCCAGGUGCAAUAAGAAUGUACGGCAAUAAACCAAAUUGCAUUUCGAUGAUCAACACAGAUGUUCAAAUUUUCAAUAGCAAGUUGGCAGAAAUAGUUAAUAAAUUUAACAAAAACUAUAAGAAAGCACAGUUUACAUACAUCAACAUUUAUGACAUCACAUCUGCUAGUGCUUUUCCAGGAUUCAAGAAGAAGGACGUCCCGUGCUGUGAUACAGACUACGAUGGGAUGUGCUUCCCAAAGGCAACAAGAUGCAAAACUCCUCAAGAUUACUUCUUUUGGGAUGGGUAUCGCCCAACUGAGGCUGCUAACAAAGUUCUGGCAAAUGUGGCUUAUAAUGCUUCGGUUCCAUCUCAAGCUCGCCCUUAUAAUAUUAACCAACUCACUGCCUCUUUCGCAGUCGGCAAAAUUAAGAACUGAUUAAUAAACUAGGACGUAGACUGCUCACCAUAAUUUUUGUGUCAAUCCCUCGUAGAAUUAUUAACAUUUUAAUACUAUGUAAUGAUAUUUGAUAUUAUUAUU